AUGACAACGGCUUCAGAGCUGCUGUCUGACGACGCAAGGGCUCGAUUCUCCCACACGAAGGCACUCUUUGAGCAACUUGAAAGACAACAAGAUGUUCCCUCCUUCUACUCUCCACGUCUUCAACGUCAACCACCACCUCCACUUCCUCCAAAACCUCCAUCACAGUGCCCACCGAGCCCAAUGUCGCAGGUCGAACGAAACUUCUCCGAUUUGGCAGCAGAUCUGGACCGAAUCCAGUCGUCGCCUGCAACUUCACGAUUCGUACAAAAUAAAUCUUCAACUCUCCCGUCGUCCUAUUCGGAAUCGGCGUAUUCAUUCGAGAAUACGGUAGCCACGUCUCAAUACGGGAUUCAUCAUAACAACAACAAUAACAACUCUUUUGAGCCCUAUUGGAGGAAUGGAUCUAUCUACAGAAGGCAGUUCGAGAAACCGUAUUUUUUUUUCAGAUUUGCCGAAGAAAACGAUGAAAACGGGAGCACUACAAAUGGAAUAAAACACACAACAUACGCCGUUGUGAAGACUCCAAGAGAAACAGAAUCAGAAUCAACGUCUUCAGAAAAUCGUGGUCUCAUGGAAACUCGAAGAGGUCUGAGUCCGGAACGACCGGAUGCCGACUUAACAAAUCGAAAGGUCUCGUUCAGCACUGCACCUAUUCCGGUAAGACACCCCAACCCCACUUCUAACCAAUUCUCUUAUUUUGUUUAUGUCUUCUCCGCAUUUUCCGUUGAAGACUAUGAUCGGAAGAAUGAAGACAUUGAUCCGGUUGCAAGUUGUGCUGAAUAUGAGUUAGAGAGAAGAUUGGAGAGAAUGGAUCUGUUUGAAGUAGAUCUCGAGAAGGGAGCUGAGGGGCUUGGAGUUUCUAUUAUUGGAAUGGGCGUCGGAGCUGAUUCUGGUCUGGAGAAACUCGGAAUCUUUGUGAAGAGCAUAACCCCCGGAGGCGCAGUUCAUCGAGACGGUAGAAUUCGUGUCUGUGACCAAAUUGUAUCAGUUGAUGGAAAGAGUUUAGUUGGUGUAUCCCAGUUAUAUGCUGCUAAUACUUUGAGAUCCACGAGUAAUAGAGUCACCUUCACUAUUGGGAGAGAACAAAAUCUCGAGGAAUCAGAAGUUGCUCAGUUGAUCCAACAGAGUCUUGAACAAGACAGAAUACGAAUGAUGGGUGACGAAGAAGAUGAAAUCGAAGAGCCACCACCACCACCGUCACAAAUGCCACAAAUGAACCAGAUGAAUCAGAUGACAGAACAUGACCGACCAACGAACUCCAUGAUUUCGAAGGAGGAAGCGGAAAUUCGUUCAAAAAUUGCUGCUCUGGAAUUGGAACUGGAUGUAACACACAAAAAAGCUGAACACUAUCACGAGAUUCUGAGCACCACAAAAUCUCAUUGUGAUCAGUUGGAAAAGCAGAAUGAACAAGCGAAUCAUAUGAUCAAGAGCUAUCAGGAAAGGGAAAAAGAGCUCCUGAAUAGAGAAGAGAACCACGUGGAACAGUUGAGGGAUAAAGAUGUGCAUUAUGCUUCUCUAGUUCGUCAAUUGAAAGAAAGAAUCGAUGAAUUGGAAUCAAAAUUGGAAGAAGCAGAAGAGAGAAGACAUUCGAUUCAAAAUUUGGAAUUGAUUGAGCUAAGAGAGAAAUUGAAGCAGAAAAUUGAGAAUAGAAACGAAGGACUCGCUUACAAACCAGGCGGUGAACUUCCUCACGAAGAUAAAGCAGUAAUGGCUAAUUUGGAAACUAUAACCCCUGCUAACAAGAAAGACGCCGAAGUAUCUGUGGGCAGUAGUUGGACGGAAGAGUAUUCUUCCCCUUGCGAGUCACCCGUACCGAGGAUUUCGGAGCCAGCUUCUCCAGCUCUUCCACAUAAAUUGACUCACCGCAAACUUCUUUUCCCACUUCGGAAGAAGUAUGCUGAGAACGAGUUCUGGCGUGCCACGUGUCAGCCAGUCGGACUUCAAGCUCUUCAUUGGACCGUCGACGAUGUCUGCCAACUUUUGGUCUCGAUGGGUCUAGACAAGUAUGUUCCAGAGUUCACAAUCAAUAAAAUUGAUGGGGCCAAGUUCCUGGAACUGGAUGGAAACAAGCUGAAGGUGAUUUCUAAAGCAAUGGGUAUUCAAAAUCAUUCGGACCGUUCUCUAAUCAAAAAGAAAGUGAAAGGGAUGAAAAAUAAAAUUGAAAGGGAACGAAAACAAUUGGAACGAGAGAGCCGUACUCGAGUUAUUGCACAUACCAUUCCAAUGUGA